AUGUAUGGAGAUGUAGGAAAUGGUGAUCCUGAGAUGUUCAGAAACCCUACAGUUUCUGGAGAUAACGAAAAGGGAAUUGAAGAGAGAAUAACCAAAAUUAUUGGAAUUGGCACUAAUAUUCUGAAAGAGCCUGUGUGUUUAGGAAGAUGUGAGCACAUAUUCUGUAGUAACUGUGUAAGUGACUGCCUUGGAGCCGAAUGUCCAGUGUGUAAUACCCCAGCCUGGAUACAAGACGUGAAGAUAAACAGGCAGUUGGACAGCAUGAUCCAGCUUUGCAGUAAGCUUCGGAAUUUGCUGCAUGAGAACGAGCUUUCAGAUUUAAAAGAAGAAACAUCCAGGAAAAAUUUAUUUAAUCAUGCAGAAAGUAAGAAGAAUUCAAUAAAAAUGUGGUUUAGUCCUCGAAGUAAGAAGGUCAGAUAUGUUGUAAGUAAAGUUUCAGUACAAACUCAGCCUCAAGUGAUAAAUGAUGAAAAUACUCAGCAGGCCUCGACGUAUGAAUAUGUUUCUGCGAGUCCUCCAGUAGACUCUUCUGCGAGGGCUAAAAAGGCUUCUACAAGAUCUGGGAAAAAACAGAAAAAGAAAACUUUAACUAAAAUCAACCAAAUGUGGAAUUUAGAGGCAGGCAAAAAAGAUGGUCAACUUGACUCCAAAGAGAAAUUUAAGGAAAAGCUGGUAUCCUUCUCUGUCCAGCCAUCUGUUAAUGCCAGUCCUCAGAGAAAUGGUGAAAUAGACUUACUAGCAAGCGGCUCUGUGACAGAAGAUGAAUGUUUUGGAAACUUAACCGAAGUCUCUUUACCAUUGGCUGAGCAAAUAGAGUCUCCAGAAAUUGAGAGCAGGAAUGAAGUCAUGACUCCUGAGAAGAAUCUCUGUGAAAAUGAUCUUUCAUCUAAGAAUGGAAAACGUGGGCGUCACAGGAGACUUUCCAGCCCCAUUUCUAAGAGAUGUAGAAACAGCAUUCCCAGCACCAGUGAAAAUUUUGUUAAGCAAACAGGGCUCUCAGAAAACAUCCCAUUGCCUGGCUCUUCUUUGCAGCCUUCAACCAAACUUAAAGUUGGAGACAGAGUAAGGAGGAAAACCAGAACUAUAUUAGAUGAAUCCAUGAGCUCCUCACCCUCUACACUGAAUAGUACACCACCCUCUACACUGAAUAGUACAAAUUACGGGCGAAUGCUGUCCAGCCCCUCAGCAAUGAAACUGACACCCCGUAACCUUACGAGUGUGAAAAGAAAUCAUAAGGGCGAGACUUUGCUCCAUAUUGCUUCAAUUAAGGGCGAUAUACCUUCUGUUGCAUACCUCUUACAAAACGGAAGCGACCCAAAUGUUAAAGACCAUGCUGGCUGGACACCAUUGCAUGAAGCCUGUAGUCAUGGGCACCUGCAGGUAGUGGAAUUGUUACUCCAGCACAAGGCUUUGGUGAACACCCCUGGGUAUCAGAACGACUCACCACUCCACGAUGCGGCCAAGAAUGGGCACCUGGAUAUAGUCGAGCUGCUACUGUCCCAUGGAGCUUCCAGGAACGCUGUUAACAUAUUUGGUCUGCGACCUGUGGAUUAUGCAGACAGUAAGACUAUGAAAUCGCUAUUGCUGCCGCCAGAGAAGAAUGAAUCAUCAUCCACUCGCCAUUGCUCAGUAAUGCAUGCUGCUCAGCGUAGGGAUGGACCUCUUGUACUCAUAGGCAGUGGGCUUUCUUCAGAACAACAGAAAAUGCUCAGUGAGCUUGCAGCAAUUCUUAAGGCUAAAAAAUGUGCUGAGUUUGACAGUACAGUGACUCAUGUUGUUAUUUCUGGUGAUACAGUUCAAAGUACCCUGAAAUGUAUGCUUGGGAUUCUCAAUGGAUGCUGGAUCCUGAACUUUGAAUGGGUGAAGGCAUGUCUACAAAGCAAACAAUGCGAACAGGAAGAGAAAUAUGAGAUUCCUCAAGGACCACAGAGAAGCAGGCUCAACCGAGAACAGCUGUUGCCAAAGCUGUUUGAUGGAUGCUACUUCUAUUUGGGGGGAAUCUUCAAACACCAUCCCAAGGACAACCUUAUUAAGCUCGUCACUGCAGCUGGGGGCCAGAUCCUCAGGAGAAAGCCCAAGCCCGACAGUGAUGUGACUCAGACCAUCAACACGGUCGCCUACCACGCCAAACCCGAUUCCGACCAGCGCUUCUGCACGCAGUACAUCAUCUAUGAGGAUGUGUCCUGUCACCGCCCAGAGAGGGUUCGUCAGGGGAAAGUCUGGAUGGCUCCUUCCAGCUGGUUUAUAGAUUGUGUGAUCUCCUUUGAGUUGCUCCCUCUUGACAGCUGAGUACUACGCCACAGGCACACGUCAGAUUGAAUGUAGACAGUGUGAGGACCUAGCCAUUUCACUGUCUUGAUCAUUCUCAUUUUUAUAAAUAGGUAGACUGAUUCAUAUUUUUUCCCUUGAAUUAAAAAACAAUCUUAUGCCAGAUUAGGAAUUUAUUCUGUGCUUACCAUUUAGAUGCUGAGAUUGCAUUGAAGGAUUUUCUUUUUAAAACUGAUAUAUGUUUUGAUUCAUCAUGUCUCUGUACUCAGAUUGUCAGCUAUCAAAGAUUAAUGAGAGGGUAUCACAACUAUUGCUUGAUAUAACAAGUGGUGUCAGUUAUAUCUCAGUCUUUUAAUGUUUUUUUGAUGAAAUAAUCUAUACCUGCCAUCAGCAGAAAUUGUCAUUCGUUAGUAAACAAAACAUUGUCAGAUAAUUUAUUGUUAUGAAAAUAGAGUACCUGGUUUACAUGUGUUCCGAUAGGUGUUAACUUUUUCUCCUCUCUUCGGUUGUAUUCAUUUUACAUUGUUUCUUAUAACUUAGUUUCUUAUAAUUUUCUUGGAUGUCUGUAGCUACUUUUUUAUCUUGCCUCUUUAUUAGGAAAUCAUGAUUUGAACCUUAACGUUAACUGUUCUUUGGUGAUGAAAGUCAGCAUUGGCUCAUGGCACAUAUUUUUAUUGUAUGCACUUGCUUAUCGUUGCUGCUGUAUUUAUCUCUAUGAAUACAUACUUCAAGCAUUUUCUUCAACAUAUUUUAGUAUCAAUAUUUCUUAGAAUGUCUCACCAGACUAGCAAAUUGUCAAUCAAAUGGUAGACCUUGCUAUCUAUUGCUAAAAUAAUUUUUUAAAGGUCUUAAUUUCUUCCUUCAUAAGGUUUUGUUAUUGUUCCUUUUCUUCUUUCUUCCCUCCUUUCUUCCUUCUCUCCUUCCUUCCUUCAUUCCUUCUUCUUUUUCUACUACUACUACUUUUUAAAUUUUUAAGUUGCUGUGGAGGCAGAAGUUGGGGAUUACUUUAUUUAGAACAGAUUUUAUCCAGAUGACACAAAAGGCCACAACAGUAAGUCCAGAGGUAGGAAUGGGAAGAACUUACUCAUAAUAGCACAAUAGUCAAGGCUGCGGAGAAGUGGACAGGAGGCCACCUGAGAAUGGGGAGACCUGGGAGGUUACUCCAGUCUGAGUGUUCUCGUUUGUGGAUCUGCAAGGUACAUUAGGUCAUUUAAAAACAUGUUUUAAGAAGUCUUCCUAGAAAUUAAAUGUUCUUAAAACUCUAAGGACAUGGAAGGAAGAUACUGUGACACCUGUCAGCUUGGUCACUCCUGGGCCAAAGAGACAGUUGGAUGACCACUGGACUAGAAUACUGAGAGCCUGAAGUUAAUGGACAUUUUAAGAUUCAUUUAUUUUAAAGUUGAAGAUUCUGCUGAUUAUUCAAAAUAAAUUUUACUUUAGUUUCUUUUUAGACAUAUUACUUUUCGAUAUCAAGAAAUAUAUUAUGUGAAUGCAGUAAUGUACUGCUAACCCUGACCUUCAAGGGUGAAUUAGCUCUGAAACUCCAACCAGUAAUGUGUUUGUCCUGCAUUUCCUUCUAAUGGAGAAUGAUGAAUACCAUAGCACCAAACAAAGCUGAGGGUUAGAUAAUGUCUGGAUGGAAGAAUUUAAGAUGCUUUGGGAUUUGGGUUGUCAUUUUUUAUUUAUAACUGACUUUUCAUCAUUUUCUAUUAGCUCAUUGGUCGCAUUCCUGGACAGGUGUGUGUCUGUUCCUCUGAUCUGAAUCCCUGUUUGUAAAAACCCCUUUGGGGAUGUUGCUCACUUUCCUUUAUUCCUUUUCUUGGUCUGUCCUCCUCACUCUUUGUCGUAUUUUGUCCCCCACUAUUCAGCAGUUUUAUUUUUGCUUUCUUUAAAUACUUAUUUUGAUGGCAGUGGAUUGAAGUCAAACUUUUGAAACUUGUACUUUCUGCAUAGAUAUACUUGUAAUUAUUUUCAUUUCCAAUCAUAGAUUCAAGCAUCCUUUUAUGUACCUUAAAUCAUUAAAGUUAUUUAUGUUUCUGUAUCUUCUUAGAGGUGGUUUAUUCUGUUCCUGGAGAAUGAGACUCAGUAAGCCUUGUGAGGAAAUCUUUCAGCUAAUAAACACUUAUCUUUUGAAACA